AUGGAUAGAAAAUAUAACGAUAGAUCUGGGCUUGCUACUCAAAGUGUUUUAAGUAAAGAAGACUUAGAAGAAAAGCUUAGAGAAAUGAAGAAUCUUAUCGAGCAAUAGAGGCAGUUACAGAAUUAGCUUUAGAAUAAUUUGAGUGAUAAAUAACAAAAGCCUUAAAAUCACAAUUUAUCUCUAGAUUAAUCAGUUGAUGCUGGGUAAUAAAGAUAGUACCCAUCAUAUGAAGUCUUACAUAAUCCACUUAGUCCUCUAAACAAUAAUCUUGACAAUAGCUAAUAAGUUUUUGAGAGAGUGAACAUUGUCCCACCUCUAAAUAUUCAUCAUAAAUAGAAUGAGAACCUCUUAACCAGCAGCUAAUUUGUUGUGCUAAAUAAACAUAAAUAGGAUGAUGACAAUGAAGCUGAUGCAGAAUACGACUUUAAAACUCCAUCUAAGUAAUAUGGGAAUAAUUAUACAAAUUAGAACAAAUAGAAAUCGAAUGGAAAGCAUGCAAACGAUCAUAAUCAAAGCAAGAAUAAUCACUCUCCCUAUUGUGUUAAUGAAGAAAAUUUGAAAUUUAGAAUAGCUGAGUAUUAAAGGAGAGAAAAAGAUUAUGAAAAGACCAUUCAGAAACUAUAAGCCAGAUUAGCUAUCCAAGAAGAGUAAACAAUUGAUGUGAGGGAGAAAAGCAGCGAGAAACAAAAAAGAUACAACUAGGACACUAUAGCAUUUGCUUAAGAAAUUAAAGAGCUAAAGUAGUAGAUAUAGUAUAAGAACUAGCUACUUGAAGGAAAAGAAAGAGAACUAGGCUAAUCUAAAAAGGAAAUUUUAAGCAAUUAAGCUGAAACUUCAAAACUUACUGAGAGAAUUGAUCAACUAAAUCUUCUUGUAAAAAGUAGAUAAAAUGAAUCUACAAAUUUUCAAAGAUAAAUUGAAGAUUUGAAGCAUCAAUUAUCAAAUAAAAAAAGUACAAUAAACUAGCUUCAGGUUGAUCUCGAAAAUGAAAAGAAGUCUAAAUAGACUCAAAUCUAAAAAAUAGAAGAAGAAAACAGAUAAAAAUUCUCUCAAUUAAAGUUCUUAGUUGAUCAAUAUCGUUAAUAAAUGCAUGAAUAUCAAAAGAUUACUCAAUAAAAUCAAGAACUCAUGGGGUAGAUCAAUCAAAAUUAGACAAAAAAGAGGAAUUAAUCAGUAUCUUAUCCUAAAUUUGUUUAAGGGGAGUAAGAAGAGGGAUAAGAGAAAGUAGGUGGUAGAAAGCAUUAUAAAAACAAUAACCUCAAAGACUCAAUAUCUGACCUUUUCAAGUAAGAUGAAGCUCCUAUUACAGCAACAUAGAAUAGAGACAGUGACAAUCAAUAUGUAAGCAUUAGAAAGUCUCCUGUUAGAGAAACUUAAAAGCUACAACAACACAGAACCGAAUAUGGAAAACUUUGUUCUUCAGCUGAAAAGCAUAAAAGAAACAAUGAUCUAGAUGUUUCCACCAGUCUGUAGUCAAAUAACCAAAGCAAUUUUCAAUUAAAGAAGCAAUCAUUAAUGCUUCCCUCUUAUUAAAAGUUUUAAGAUAACUAAGAUCAAAUUAAGGAAACUGAACACUAACUUCUUAACAAGAGCAAAGACACUUUAAUAAAAGCAGAGAAAAAUAGAAUUGGAAAAAGAACUUGA